UUUCUCUUUAAAUUUUAUAUACUCUCUAUUCCAGAUAUCCUUUUCUUCCUUUCUAUUUUCCUCACUUUCUCUCUUUUAGAUCCCUCUUUUGCUUUUUCCCUUUUCUUUUUUUCUCUCUGGAAAGGAAAAAGAAAAGAAAAGAAAAGAAAUUUUCUUUUUUGUUUUCUGCAAUUCUGCGGUAGAUCUUUGCCGCAUUUCAUGGAUCUACAAUCGCGGCGAGCUACAUUGUCUUAAUAUUUUAUUUUUUUCUAGGUUUUUUUUUUCUAGUUUUUUUUUUUUUAAUUUUGUCGCUUGUUGGAGCAGUGGAGCUUCAGUUUUUGUUUGGUUAUGAGGUGUGUUGUUUUGGACGGAGAGUUUGGACGGCGGAGAAUGGUACAAUGGAGCUUUAGGACUCACCGGUUGUUCUCUGACGAGGUUCGAGUUGGUAUCUGUGUUUGACGAUGGUUGUUUUGGACUCUGGUUCGGCGAGAUAAGAUGCCUGCUUUGAUUCUGCUUCAGUUGCUUCUUGUUUACUUACUCAGCUUUCUCUCUUGUUCUUGUUUAGAGCUGCAAGUAUUCUCGUAUCCUUUACAACCAGUGCACCGGUUGUCUGCUGUGGAAACAAUAGUUGACCAUGCAGCUAGGUUGAUUUCAAUGCGUGUGUUAUUUUCUCAACCAAGAUCAUCCCAAGAUCAUGGUAAUCCUUCCUUUGGACCAGCCACUGCGCCUGCACCUUCUCCUAUCUAUCAAGCUCCUGUUGCUAGCCCCAGUAGGCACUUGGUACCCAGACAUCGUCAUGGUGGUCAUCAUCAUCGUCAUCAUGUUAAACCCCGAACAGAUGCUCCAUCUCCUUCAGAGCAAGGUUGCGAUCAAAAAUGCGUGGACCCACUUACUGCAACCCCUUUUGGUUCACCUUGUGGUUGUGUGUUCCCUAUGAAAGUCAAACUUCUUCUAUCUGUAGCUCCUUAUGCUGUUUUCCCUGUGAUGAAUGAGCUAGAGAUUGAGGUUGCUGCAGGCCUAUACUUACAACAAAGUCAAGUGAAAAUCAUGGGUGCUACUGCUGAUGCUCAAGAUCAAGGGAGAACAUUGGUGGAGAUUAACUUGGUUCCACUUGGAGAGAAGUUUGAUAAUACAACUGCAAUACUUACAUCUGACCGGCUUUUGCACAAAAGACUGUCUCUAAAUUCAACUCUUUUUGGAACAUAUGAUGUGGUAUCCAUCAGUUAUCCAGGGGUUCCUCCUUCACCGCCAUAUGGUAAUAUUUUCGGGAGUGGUCCAACUGGAAGUACUGGAGAUCUCCCAAUCACAGCUAAUUUUGUUAACAAGAACCAAAAGAUGAACAUCAGGAUUAUUGCCAUUAUUGUUUUAUCUGCUUUUGUGCUCUUAUUGGUUUUAGCUGGAGCAAUCUCUGUCCUCAUAAAAUGGAGGAAGGUUAGAAGACCGUCCAAUGCUGUUGGUCCAGCUUUUCCUUCCUCAUUGAACAAAAGAUCUGGCAUUGGUUCUAUGCUGUCAAGCAGUAUAACAAGCUCUCCAUCAAUGUCACUCAUUUCCACCAUGGCUACUUGUGCUCUCCCGGUUAAAACAUUUACACUUGUUGAGCUUGAGAAGGCAACAAGCAACUUCAGUUCAAUGAGGAUACUCGGUGAAGGAGGAUUUGGACGUGUUUACCGUGGUGUUAUGGGAGAUGGAAGUGAGGUAGCUGUUAAGUUACUUACAAGAGAUAAUCAGAAUGGAGACCGUGAAUUUAUUGCAGAAGUGGAGAUGCUAAGCCGAUUGCACCACCGCAAUCUUGUCAAACUUGUCGGUAUAUGUAUUGAAGGACGCAUACGCUGCUUGGUGUAUGAACUUGUUCCAAAUGGAAGUGUGGAAUCACACUUGCAUGGUGUUGACAAAAACAAAGGACCUCUCGAUUGGGAUGCACGGCUGAAGGUUGCCCUUGGAGCUGCUAGAGGAUUAGCUUAUCUUCAUGAAGAUUCUAACCCUCGAGUGAUUCACCGAGAUUUUAAGGCUAGUAAUGUUCUAUUAGAAGAUGACUUUACCCCAAAGGUCUCAGAUUUCGGUUUAGCAAGGGAGGCAACUGAAGGAAGCCAGCACAUUUCUACCCGAGUCAUGGGAACUUUUGGAUAUGUUGCUCCCGAGUAUGCUAUGACGGGGCAUCUACUUGUUAAGAGUGAUGUUUACAGUUUUGGGGUUGUGCUUCUUGAGCUUUUAACCGGAAGAAAACCUGUGGAUAUGUCCCAACCUCAGGGACAGGAAAAUCUCGUAACUUGGGCACGGCCACUACUAAGCAGUCGGGAAGGUGUAGAACAGUUGGUAGAUCCUUCCUUGGCUGGGACAUAUAACUUUGACGACAUGGCUAAGGUGGCAGCCAUAGCGUCCAUGUGUGUUCACCCUGAGGUGACUCACAGACCUUUUAUGGGUGAAGUUGUGCAGGCUCUGAAGCUUAUAUACAACGACACUGACGAAACUGGCGGGGAUUGUUGUAGUCAAAAGGAGUCCUCUGCCCCCGAAUCGGACUUUAAAGGAGAUUUAGCCCCUUCUGAUAGCAGUUGGUGGAAUGCUGGUGCGGUUACCCCCAGUUUAACUUAUGGACGAUCCUAUCCUUUCGUCACAAUGGACUAUAGUUCUGGUCAACUUGACGAAAUGGAAAACCGACCGUUCUCAACUUCAAGUUUGUUUGGAGAUAGAACAUCGUUACCAAUUAGACACGGUAACAGAUCAGGUCCAUUGAGAACGGUCCGAAGCAAGCCAAGCUUUUAUACAUUAAGAGGGAGCAUGAGCGAGCAUGGGGGACUCCUUCCGAGACGAAUUUGGAGCGACUCCAAUUAGGUUUGAGCAUUUCUUUUCCCAACUAUUUUUUUUUUGAAUUGUACAGAGAUCGAAAAGGCCAGGGUGUGGUUGAUGGGUAGCAGAAUUUCGGGGAUUCCAGAGUGUUUCCAUGUUCGUCGAGGAGAGAGAUCCGACCUUAGCUACUUUAUUUUUAAGUCUUGAUUCCUUACCAUACAAAAAAAAAUGGAGAUGUAAGUUGAAAACUUCUCGACUGUUUUUAUGUUAAUUGGCAAGAAAAAAGAGUUAAAUUUCUUAUGAUCCAA